CCGGAUCCCAAGCACAAAGUGACUCACUCAUCCCUCCAGGCGGGCCUCCAAGAUGUCGCGUCAUUGCUGACUGCCAUCCACCGUCCGUUGUUUAUUAACUGCAUGAGACCCUCCCUGGCGCCCUGUUGAACCAUCUCUUGACGGUCAAUUCGCGCCCACCGCCGUUUUAUCCACUCCGUACACUCCAGCCUCAAGAUGGCUCGAACGGCACCAAUCAACUACACCCGUGGAAGAUUACAUACAUUGCGUGCGAGACACUUACGAGCCUGUCGAAUACGUCGAAUGGGCUUAGCGAUAGCCCAUUAGUUACUAGUUGUUUCAUAUUCUCCAUACUUGCACGCCUUGGCCCUUGGACUUGUAUCGACCGUCAUGGCUUCGGUGUUUACUUACGAUCCUGACCCUCCGCGGGUCUCUUCGCCCUGGUCCACUUCAGGGUCCUCAACUCCUCAGUUGGCAGCAACUAGUAAUCGGACAGUGCCUCGAGCACGAUCGAGCACGAACUUGGACCGCGCGGACCCGGAUCUGCUGUCCGAUUAUGGAAUCACCAAAUUGGACCCUGAACCACAGGAGGGACCCACUGAGUACAAACUCCAUCUGCUCUUACGCCCUCGCCGCCCCUAUGUUUCCAUGUCAACUAGUCACCUUGUAGGUGGAUCGUAUCAUUCCCGGGCAAGCUUUUCCGCGGAUGGUCCCACGCCCUCGAGUUACGACUCGACCUUGAGGCCGCAACAGACCCGCUCAACGGAAAGCCGACAGCAGAGAUUGCAGCAUCUCACAACGCAGUUACUGUGGCGCUUGCAGCAAUCUUCGCCCUUCCACUCAUCCACAACGGCAAAUCUGGUGUUGCCUGUUCUUCCGGAAGCGACCCCCCAGUUGGGGGCGGCACAGAAACCGGCUCGCUUACUUCCCGGGCUCGAAGAGAGCCAGGGCGCAUUGUACGAAGUCGGCGUUGCGGACGAUGGAACGUUUGUGGGGCUCGUUCUGGAUGAGCUCGAGGAAAGUUUAUCCACUCUGCAGGUCAUGGCCGCGAGCUUGGGCUGCAAGGUCGAAGUUCUUCGCCGAGUGAUUGUUGGCAACUGCGAAUGGGCCGAGGACCCAUUCUCCGAGACGGCGGAUGCUGGAAAGGUCCACAUGGAAAGUCUUUGGGUUGCAGAGGCGUUAGUGAGUCCCGACUGGGACUUUUACCGCGUUGAGACUCCCAGAAAGGGUCGACCGGAGAAGUCGUCUUCGGAAAAUGCAAAAACGGAAGAAUUAAGUGGCUCUUCCAAAACUGAGCAGAUCCGUAUCUCCAUUGCCGGUCCUAGUGCGGCCGGAAAGUCGUCUCUUCUAGGUACUCUAACUUCAUCCGUCCUUGACAAUGGGAGGGGAACGAGCAGACUACAUCUGCUAAAGCAUCGACAUGAAAUCUCGUCCGGAAUCACCAGUUCCGUUGCCCAUGAGUUAAUUGGCUAUGCUGCCGAUGGGGCACGAAACGUUGAUGUAAUCAAUUAUGCCUCUGGCAACGUUGCGGCUUGGGAUGAUAUUCAUGCCGCCUCAGAGGGAGGCCGUCUGGCCUUUGUCUCCGAUCUUCCGGGCUCAGUGCGCUAUCUGAAGUCCACACUAAGAGGCAUGAUUGGCUGGGCUCCGCACUAUGUCGUCUUGUGCAUACCGGCAACUUGUGAUGACGAAAACUCACAGGAGCCCGGCCAAUCUGCGUCUGAGCAGCCUACAGACAUGGCACUGGCAUUAUCACAUCUGGAGCUCUGUACUAAGAUGGACCUUCCUACCGUCGUGGUUAUCACGAAGAUGGAUUUGGCAUCGCGCUCGGGCUUGCGGAAUACCCUGGCCAAGGUACUCUCAACGCUCAAAUCAUCUGGCAAGAAGCCAGCCAUGCUGUCUGUUCAAACCGCCCAGGCAGUGGACCUACAACACAGUGGGUCGAAGGACACAGAGGAAGUAAGGAAAUUGAUUUCUACGACAGAAAGCUGGACCUCAACGGUCCCCAUCGCCCUUACCAGUGCGGUCGAUGGCUCAGGCAUAGGAAAAUUGCAUGCUCUUCUCCGCUACCUCCCCAUCCCCGCGAGGCCGCCAUCAAGAGAUGUUUCAUUGCUCAAGUCCCCAACACCUCCAAGUGCACCUGAAAACGUCUUUGAUAUUGAUGAGGUAUUCGCUAUCCCUCCAUCCAAGGUCUACUCGAUGGCUGCAGAGCAACGGAAAGAAAGCCACGGGGUCGUCCUUUGUGGUCUGGUCCGCUACGGAGCCAUUUCGGCAGGAGACGAACUCCUCAUCGGACCGUUGUCUGACCAUGGAGGUUGCCUACAGCGUCAGAGAAGCCGGUCGGAAAAGCGUCCGGAUGGCACUCAGCAGUCUAGCUCUUAUCGAAGCCGACCUACCUCGGGAGAGUUCUCGACAACGUUUCUGCAGGGCUCUCUUCCCACCCAAGCGCUCUGGCAACGUGUUCGCGCAGUCAGUGUACGAAAUCUGCGACUCCCGGUUCAGACGUUAACCCAAGACCAAGUCGGUACGAUCGGGAUCGAGCCUCUGCCUCUGACGGCCGAUGGAGAGCCGCCACGGCUUGGGAAGAUCCGGAAAGGCUCCAUCUUGGUCAAGCUGCUGACCCCGUCUGCGUCUAUACCACGGUCCCUUUUAUUUCACACCGGAUUUGUGGCCAGCUUCCCGUCUAGUGAAUUUACUUCUGCCCUCUCUCCGCCGGUGCUGCUGGGUGGCAAUGCCAUAGUCUACGUGGCCAAUGUUCGCACGACGGUGAAGCUGACAUGCAUGGCGCUUGCAGAAGAUGAGCUCAUCUCGAGGCCGCCGUCACCAACGGAGCCGGAAUUUUUCAGUUUCGAUGGGGAUGUUCUCGCCCGCGAACGGGACCAGGCAGGCGUCCAAGAGAUGGUCCGGUCAUCUGGCAGUCCGGGACAAGGCGAUAUCAAAAUCACGUUUGCGUUUGUGACAUCGGUGGAAUGGAUCGAAACCGGGUCGCGGGUGCUUCUCAUGCCCGGAGCAUCCACGGCGCUGGCUGCCCAGGGGUCCAGUGUGCCUUCCGGCCUGGAUGGGUUUGUUGGUCGGGUCUGCGAUGUGGUCUGCCUUGAGGAGACGGCCAGCGUCUAGCUAGAGGUGGGCCUGGAUUGUGUCUUAUUUUGUAGUUCAUUGUUGUGUUGCGUAUUGUAAAGGAAGGGGUCAAUGGUACAUCGUAGAUGAUGCUGAUCAUACAUGAUCAUACAUACAAUGUAAUGAUAGUCACGGGUCU